UCGAAGGUUUCGAACCAUCAGGAGAAUUAACAAAAUCGCAAAUGCUUCUAUAGUCGUGAGUCUUGUCGUCUCCGCAGUCUGUAGUGUUUGCUACUACUAUUCUUUUUGUUUUCAAUGUGAUUAAAAUUCACAAUUCUGACGGAAAAGAAGUGAGAGUUUGAUGCAUGAUCGUGAAAUUAAGUGAGACUUCUGUUCUAGUUUCAUUCAUUGGUUACUAUCCGCUAAUGGUCAUGGUGAUUAUAAAUAAUAGAGAUGAAUACUUAUCCUUCCUGAAAGUGCCAGGAGUAAGAAUGCAAACUCCUGUAGUGAGCAACAAUUCUUCGACGACGACAACGACAUUGUGCCGCGACACCAGCAUUCAACAGCAACAGCAGAAUCAAGCAUUGAACAACAACAAUAACAACACGUUGGUAAACAACAAUAUCAACCUAAACAACAACAAUAAUAACAACGGUAACGGUGUGACUAUCAACAACAAUAAUAAUAACGGGUUACCCGGUUUGGCAAAGGCGGUUCUCAUCUGUAGACAGAAUUCACACCCUUUCAAUAAUCGAACACUCUUUCUUGAACCGCAUCAGGAGGUAAAAGUUGGUCGAUCGGUUGCAAGGAAUCGAGUAUCCGAAAAUAAUGCAAUCUUUGACUGCAAAGUGCUGUCGCGAAACCAUGCCGUACUAUGGUACAGUGAUGGUAAAUUCUUUAUCAAGGACACCUGUAGCAGCAACGGCACAUUCAUCAACAAUGUCCGCCUUAGUCAGACGAGCACAGAGUCAGAACCGUAUGAGGUCAGCUCUGGCGAUAUUGUUCAGUUCGGUGUGGACGUUAUGGAGAAUACACGACGUGAAACGCACGGCUGUAUAGUAGCUACACUGAAGUUGUUUCUCCCGGAUGGCCGGGAGACCAAGGCAAGUCAGUCGAUUGGUGUCGGUGGUCAGAGUACCAAGAUCCCGCCCGUCGAUUUAUAUCGACUCAACCAGUACAUCCAGGAGGCAAAUCAGCGGGAACAGAUAUUAGAAACCAAGCUGACCAGUCUGCAGAAAAUGGUCGAGGCGACCAAACAAAAUUCAGCUCUCGGAUGGCAGGCUAUGAUUGACGAAGACCGGUUACUUAGUCGGAUUGAUAUGCUUGAGAAGAAACUGCAAUAUUUCCAAAAAGGUAUGACUGACGAUAAACUUAGAGAAGAGGUUCUCAAGUUACAAGACGAAAAGCACCAGUAUCAAAAUUCAGCUAAAGAAGCCCUCUGGAAAGUACAUCAGGAAAAGUUGGAAGCUACUCAUAAAUUAGCAACUAUCGAGAAAGCUCUGUGCAGUAGUGAGGACGAAUGCUCUCUUCUGCGCGAGCAGUUGAAUAAAACGCAACUACAGUUACAGGAAGUAACUGGCAGACUGGACGCUCUGCAAAACCAGUACGAUGAGAAAGUAGCAUCCAGCGAGGAACUGCUCAAGCUUAAAGAAUCUGAAGUUGCCAAUCUUAGUCACGAAAUCAAUCUGUUGCAGGAAAAAAUCAAUUUUUAUGCGCUUUAUGCAUCUGAUGAGGAUGAACAGCUACAGCAACCUCAACCUGAGUACAAUAGUUCCGCUGUCUCCGAUUGGCUGCUCAAAUCCGAUAUUAAAAAACUAGAAGGAUCUGAAGAUAUUAUUAAAGCUAUUUGUAACGAUGCAGAAACCGAGAUGAACCCGGAUGAGAAAGAGAUUAAUUUGGAGGACAGUGUUUUGCAGCUGCAGAAACGAAUUCUUACUUUGGAAAGAAAUAUUUCACUCUUUAUAGAAAAUGAUAAUAGGAUAGAAAAUGAAAACGAGCCAAAAGAUAAUGCAAGCGUAACAUCUACAUCAACAACCAGCACAGCGAUCGCACAGUUUGCUGUUACAGUUAGCGCCAAUGACAAUGGGCCGUUUGAAGAAACGGCGGAACCACUGAAUAAAAGCGGCGGUGAGGAAUGUGAUGGCAAUCAAAAUGUGAGUAGUACUGCUAACAGUACCGCAAACGACUCUCAGCAAAUGCCACCGUCCACGACCGAUCCGAUUAUUACGACGGGUAUUACCGACCCCACAACGAAGGAUUUACAGCAAAAACGCUUAUCCGGCGGGACGAAAUUGUCCGCGCAUUUGAGCUGCGAAUUAAAUCAAAACGUGCUUCGAAGAAAUCUCAAGCACAUCAAAAGUGAUUGUGCACUGCUUUUACGCCAAGUCAGUCGUUCAAAUGAGGAUAACCGUAAAAAUGAGGACAAUUUGGUGGCGAAAAUUAAAUAUGAUGAGCUGGAGGCAGAGCUGCGUGCACUCAAGCAGGAGUUAGACUUGCGUCCACAGCCAGAAGAUUUGGAAAAGAAGCAACAUCUAUGUGAAAGCCUCACCGAAAACUUAGCGUCUCUGCGAAUCGAAACAGAAGAGCUUCGUGCGUUAAACGAUCGCUGUCAUGAUGAAAUGAAUCGCUUGGAGCACGAACUGCUAAAACAGAAAAACGUUGAAAAUGAAAAGUUAAGUGCAAUGCCAGUGAUGCAUCAACAAGAUGCUGUGUUCACGGAGCUCAGUGACGAUGCUGCGAUCCGCUCUGAGAAAAAAUACAUCUCAAUAAUAAAGGAUAAUGUGCAACAAACUGAGGUUGCUAAUGCUGGGACACAAACCGAACCACAGAAAGAAGAAGCUUUAGUUACAGGCACCGUCGAUAACGAUAUCUCUAUAGGCUCCAAUAUCGAAGAGUUUGAUUAUGAAGACGAUGAUGAAAAAACAGAAACGAUCGAUACGACAGAAAUAUUUGUUGGCCAAAGACUGCUAGAUGAUAGCGGGACUAGCUUUAUUAACAGUAGCUUUGGUACCAACGACUCUGGAGCUAGCUAUAGUCAUACUAUUAAUAGUUCUAGCAAUACCAGUUUGAUCUGCAGUGAGUCGACACCUCUGAUGGAUGCCAUGCCGGUGAAGGCAUAUGCUAGUGGAAUCGGGGAACCAAACGGGACCAUAGUGGAACAAGCCUUACUGGACACAGCUAACGUGCAACAAGAGCUAGAGUUAAUCAACCAUCCCGAUGUUCAACGAGAGGAAGAACUGAUAGCCUUCAAAGAGAAGUAUACACAUCUCACCCAAGAAAAUAUUCGGCUCAACCAGCAACUGAAAAAAUUGAACGACGAUUUCAGUCAGUUCAAAAGCAAAUCAUUUAUGAAUCUUCUUUUGUAUAUAGCACCUGUCAUUGUUAUCGUUGGUUAUAUAAUGUUUAAUCGUGUAUCAUAAAAUCAUCAGAGUUUUCAGUUUAAUUGAGUUAAAAAGAUUAGAAAAUUUUAUUCAAUUAUUUAUUUCGAAUUCAGCUAAAAGCAGACCAAUAUAAUUUGGUUAAUUUUUAAUAGAAAACCUUGAAUCCACCAUUUUUGGCAAAUAACUAUAAGUUUGAUUUUUGCUGCUUCUUCUGUAAUUGAAUCUAUAGCUAAUAUAUAUUUAUUAUUAUUGAACAAAAAAAAAACAAUGUACUAACACGAAACCAUAGCGGAAUCCGACCUGAACACAUAAUUCAGUAUGUAACGCAAGCGAGGGACAUAUACUUUCUCUUUUUUUCUGUAAAUGAGUUGAAUAUCAAUAACAUAUUAUAAAAACCGACAAAACACGCUUUAUACAAAUAUGAUUAUCGAUCACUCACUAAUCGAUUUUGGUAUUUCAUCUCUACCCUUCCCUCUCCACUCCUUACAAAUGGCAUUGCAAACUCUGUAAGCAGAAGAAAUAUAUCUAGAGGUAUUCUCUUUAGCAGGUUAUAAUAGCUUUUGUACGCUCUCAGUGGAUAAAAUGUAUGUCCUAACGUAAAUAUCAUCAAAAUGAGGGUGAAACUUCAAUACUUUUGGUAUUAUUUUACAUCAGAGUAUCGGAAGUUUAAGCGCUUACGCUCUACGCUAGUGGACAGCUUAAGCUAGGUCUUCGAAAUUGAACAGUGUUAUGAUGGCUUUGAAAUGCUUCUAUGAUGCAAGGUGACGAAAAGCAUUUGCUCAUGUACCUACAAUAAUAAUAUCAGAACAUGUGAAAUAACUCGUGUGCAUGGGUAAAUCUACUAAAUUUGAAUAAAAAAGUGUAUUAAAUAAUUUAAAAGUACAAAUGCUACAUCGGUGUCAGAACACGAUACAGUUUAACUGCUAAACCAAUUUUUCGGGCCAGAUCAUAAAAUUGGUAUGUAAAAAGCAUUAGCCGACUAGAGCAUCUAUUGUUGAUGCAGUCAUUACCAUUAGAAGUGCUUAAAGGUUAAUUGUAGCCAUAGCUAACACUCUCGAGAACACUAUCGUAGAGAUAAAUACUAGAACAAGAAAAAAAUGAUUGUCAGAAUGCGUUUCAUGGCAAUAAUAGGAUAGUCAUUUUGUCUAUUCUUUGUAGCGAACAGUGGAGAUUAUAGCUGACAAUUGUAACGUCGAAUAAACCUUGUACAUUUAAAACAACAAAACCGACACAUAUUACAUAAGGUACGGUGCGUGAUGCAGCUGUGGGAAAUCAAUAGCUGCAAAUAAAGACAAAAAUAACAA